CUCAAGUCAAGGCCCAUGUCGCAUUGAAACUCUGCAUUGAGUCUCACAACUAGCAUAAGGGAGGUGUGAAGAAAUAGGACACCAACGUGGAAUUCCUGUCCACGGAAGGAGAGAUGUUUGUCCAGUUAUUAUGCACAGUUUUGGUCAUCAUCAACCUCUGUGAUGACGUUUCUGCAGCAGGGCGUCCACGCCAUAUUGUCUUUAUCGUGGCGGAUGAUCUCGGAUGGAACGACAUUGGCUUUCACAACCCCGAUAUAAUCACACCCAACAUCGACAAGCUGGCAAGAGAAGGCUUGCUACUGAAUCAUCACUAUGUUCAACCACUCUGCAGUCCGUCGAGAGCUGCCUUUAUGUCCGGCUACUACCCCUUUAAGACAGGUCUGCAGCACGAGGUCAUUCUGAAUAACCAGCCCGUCUGUCUACCCCUGAAUAUCACAACCCUGCCACAGAAACUGAAGGAGCUUGGAUAUGCAACACACAUGGUCGGCAAGUGGCACAAUGGGUUCUGUAGUUGGAAUUGCACCCCGACGUACCGUGGCUUUGACAGCUUCUUCGGCUACUACAACGCCCUGGAAGACUACUACACCCACGUCACUGGUGGCUUCCUUGACUACCGUAACAACACCAGCCCCGUUACGACCGACAACGGCACUUACUCAACGCUUCGGUUUACUGACGUAGCCACCGACAUCAUCGAGCGUCACAACCAGAGUCAGCCAUUGUUUCUGUACCUGGCAUACCAAGCUGUCCACGAACCUAUUGAGGUUCCCGCAAAGUAUGAAGCAAUGUAUCCAAACAUAAAAACAGAAAAUCGUCGAAAGUUUUCCGGAAUGGUCUCUGCUCUUGAUGAAGCAGUUGGUAACGUUACUGAAACGUUAAAACAAAGAGGGUUAAUGGACGACACGCUGAUUCUGUUCACUGCCGAUAAUGGCGGGGCGGUGGACGCAUACGGGAACAACUACCCUCUGCGCGGAGGCAAGUUUACCCUGUACGAAGGCGGAACGAGAGCAGUGGGCUUCAUGUAUGGAUCGGGUCUCCAAAAGACUGGAACUGUGUUUGACGGUAUGAUCCACGCCGUGGACUGGCUGCCCACCCUGACAGCAGCUGCCGGAGGGACCCCAGUGUCAGACCGUGACGGCAUCAACCUGUGGCCUAGUCUCAGCACAGCCUCCCCGUCCCCCCGCACUGAGGUCGUCUACAACUACGACUCGCACCCCCAGCCCAUGCAAGGACAUGCUGCCAUCAGAGUGGGUGACUACAAACUGAUCGAUGGCUACCCGGGACUCUACCCUGGCUGGUACAAGCCUGAACAAGUCACAUCUAGUUUGAACACCAGAUUCAGCAGGGAUUCAGCCAAUCAGUAUCAGCUGUUCAACUUGAAAGAUGACCCCAAUGAGCGCAACGACCUCUCCAACUCUCGUCCGGACAUGGUGAAGAAGCUUGCUGCCAGACUGGCCUGGUAUGAGAAGCAGGCAGUACCACCCAACUUCCCUGAGACCCCCAACGACCUGAGCAACCCUGCACUGUACGGCAAUGUCUGGUCUCCUGGCUGGUGCUGAGAGCUUCUUGUUGUACUGUCACUGAGUAAAGUCGAUAUAUGAAUGGCA